UGACGAUGUGCUAUCCCACAAUGCCGCUCGUUCGCUCUGUAUGUUUGAGUUAGAAAUUUCAUAUCCUGAGCUGAUGAGGUGUAAGCAAAUGCUGAGCAGGAUUUGAUAACCACGACUGGGUCGAUUUAUAUAGAAUGGCUGUCCUGAGAGUUUGCUUCAGUCGCAGACUGCUGCUGCUGCCGGCUGUCCAGUGGACUUGGUCAUCCCGUUGUCAGCCGUCACAGUCGAGACAUGCAUCCUCGUCACAUUACAAAGCUGUGAUCUUCGACAUGGGUGGUGUUCUCCUUCCCUCACCAUACAGGAUGAUGGCAGAAUGGGAAAUCCAGCAUCGCAUCCCUGCAGGCACGGUGGUCCAAGCGAUACGAACUGGAACUGAGAAUAAUGCCUGGACGAGGUACAUGAAGGGACAGCUUACUGCUGCUGAGUUUGUCGACGCCUUUGGACAGGAGUGCACCACCAUUGCAGGCCGACCCUUCCCUGCUGAUUCUUUUCUUACCAGUCUAACAACAAACCACAUGGCCAAGCAGCUCCCUGCCAUGACAGAGGCCAUUCAGUGCAUCAGAAAUGAAGGACUGAAAACUGGCCUGCUGAGUAACAAUUUCUUCUUGCACAAUGGAGCCAGCUAUCUUCCAGUGGACAGAACCCAGUUUGAUGUGGUCGUGGAGUCUUGUGUAGAAGGGGUUUGCAAGCCUGACCCACACAUUUACAGGCUGUGUCUUGACCGUCUUGGCGUCCUCCCGGAAGAGUCCAUUUUCCUCGAUGACAUUGGACAAAAUUUAAAAGCGGCUGCCGCUCUGGGAAUCAGCACAAUUAAGGUUGAAGACCCAGUAGAGGCCAUAAAGGACCUGGAGAAGAUGCUAAGCUUUCCUUUGCAAGGUUUUAUUCCCGGAACCUGCUCUGUUAGAAACAGUAUGCGCAUCCCGGUUGAGCAGCUUCAGAAGUUCCUGCAAGAUACUUUGUCGACCAGCUCCUCAGAUCCUGUGGGGCUGAGGCAGUUUAGCCACGGACAGUCCAAUCCUACUUACCUUGUCACAGUCGGGGGGCGCCACCUGGUUCUGAGAAAGAAGCCACCAGGCAAGCUCUUGCCUUCUGCUCAUGCAAUAGAGCGAGAGUUCAGAGUCAUGAAGUCGCUCAGAAGUGCUGGCGUUCCUGUCCCGAAUGUCCUUGCUCUCUGUGAAGAUUCAAGCAUCGUUGGCACUCCGUUCUACCUAAUGGAGUAUUGUUCUGGAAGAAUAUUCAAAGACCCAAGCCUGCCAGGACUGAAACCCACUGAGAGAAGGGAAAUUUACAAAGCCAUGAACGACGUACUUUGCCAAAUUCAUAAAGUUGAAAUUGAAGCGGCUGGUCUGGGGGACUAUGGGAAGCACAGCAGAUACGUCGAGCGGCAGGUGCAGACGUGGACAAAGCAGUACAAGGCCAGUGAAACUCAUAAGAUCCCAUCUAUGGAGCGUGUCAUGGAAUGGCUCCCGCAGCGUAUCCCGAAAAAUGAGAAGACCACAGUUGUGCAUGGAGACUUCAGACUGGAUAAUUUAAUCUUUCAUCCGGAGAGACCAGAAGUUAUAGCAGUUUUGGACUGGGAGCUGUCCACUUUGGGAGACCCCAUUUCCGACGUGGUCUACAGCUGCCUGGCACAUUACUUGCCUCCAGAGUUUCCAUUGCUCAAAGGAAUAAGCACCCACAGCUUGCCAGAACUCGGAAUUCCCACUGCAGAAGAGUAUUUUGCCAUGUACAGCAGCAACAUGGGGAUCGAAGCCGUGGAGAACUGGAACUUCUACAUGGCUUUCUCUUUCUUCAGAGUGGCUGCAAUCCUGCAAGGUGUCUACAAGCGUUCUCUGCACGGUCAAGCCAGCUCAGCGAAUGCAGAAGCAGCUGGCAAACUGACAGAGCUAAUGGCCAACCUCGCGUGGGAUUUUGCUGUCAAGGAAGGCUUCCGUGUUUUUAAAUCUUUUCCACCUGUUAAACCGGGAGUCUCACGGCACCUGAGCACUUGGAGGCGUGAAGAUAAGCACUUUUCCACCAUGGAGAAAUGUUCAGCCGGAGCAGAUCAUGGCACUUCUGGGGCUCACCCGGUUCAAGGUCACUUGAUCAUCUCAUCAGAUGCAUUACGGCCUCAGGUUAGGAAGAUUUACCAGAGUUUAUUGGCCUUCAUGGAGGAGCACAUCUUCCCAGUUGAGCAGCAGUUGAGAAACUACCAGGUUUCUGAACAAAGGUGGACCCCGAAUUCUGAUAUAGAGCAAAUGAAGGAGAAGGCAAAGUCAGCAGGACUAUGGAACCUCUUCAUCCCACUGGAGUUGGAUCCAGAGAGGAAGUUUGGAGCAGGGCUUACCAACCUAGAAUACGCUCAUCUGUGUGAGCUGAUGGGACGAUCGUUGUUUGCACCAGAAGUGUUCAAUUGUUCUGCUCCUGACACAGGAAACAUGGAGGUGUUGAUCCGAUACGGGACUGAGCAGCAAAAGAAGCAAUGGCUCAUACCACUUCUGGAAGGAAAAAUCCGGUCCUGCUUUGCAAUGACUGAGCCAAAGGUUGCUUCCUCAGAUGCUACCAAUAUUGAAGCUUCAAUUAAGGAAGAUGGUGACUCCUAUGUUCUCAAUGGCCAUAAAUGGUGGAUUUCAGGUGCUUUGGACCCGCGAUGUAAAAUAUGUGUGUUCAUGGGGAAAACUGACCCAACUGCACCCAAGCACAAGCAACAGUCCAUGAUUCUGGUUCCUAUGGAUAAUCCGGGUAUAACGGUCACAAGGCCCCUCUCAGUAUUUGGCAUAGAAGAUGCUCCUGUUGGACACGGAGAGAUGUUAUUUGAAAAUGUGCGAGUUCCUCGAGAAAACAUGCUGUUGGGGCCUGGUCGAGGCUUUGAAAUUGCACAAGGAAGACUGGGACCAGGUCGGAUUCAUCACUGCAUGAGGCUGAUAGGACACUCGGAGCGAGCACUGGAGCUUAUGAAAAAGCGGGUUAAUUCAAGAUUUGCUUUUGGAAAGCCGCUGGUGGAACAAGGCACGAUCCUGUCGGACAUUGCCACCUCUCGUAUAGAGAUUGAGCAGGCACGGUUGCUGGUACUCAAAGCCGCACACUUGAUGGACACCGUGGGGAACAAGGUUGCAGCCCCGGAGAUCGCCAUGAUUAAAGUGGUGGCGCCCAAUGUAGCACUGAAGGUCAUUGAUCGUGCGAUCCAGGCCUUCGGAGCAGCAGGACUAAGUAACGAUUACCCUCUGGCUUUAUUUUAUGGCUGGGCGCGGGCUCUGCGCCUGGCAGAUGGGCCUGAUGAAGUUCAUCGGACUGCUGUGGCCAAAAUGGAGCUGAGACGCUGAAACCAGUGUGCACCGUGCAAAUACACCUCACAUUACCUCACUCCUGCAGAAGGUGCAGGAACAUACAGAUGAGAAUGUAGUGUUAAAGACACCUUGUUUAAUCCUCUUCUUUAAUGGCUAUGGUGGUUUUAGCAACGUUUACUAAUAAUGCAAGGAGAAACGAGUGAUCCAAUCAUUCAAAUAGUGCUAAAUUUGUAGAUAUUAAUAUAUGCCAACAAGAGAACUAAA